AUGACUUCAAGAAAGAGAUCCUCUAAGAAAAAGACUUCCCCUCAAUCAUCUUCUGGAAAUCCUUGUACCAAUGAGGAGAUUGUUCCCCAAGAGAAAUUCGAGGUCGAUCAAGAAGAGAAGGAAGCGUACUGGGACGCUUUAUGCGGUUCGAUAACUCCUCCGCCCAAAGUUUUCUUCCCCACAAGACCCGCGACGCAGUUUGAUCUUACCCUUCCGAGCAGGACCUCUCCCGCCUAUCUUAAGACCCUUCGGGAGUUUUACAUAGUCCCGAGCGGGGUUGUGUUUCGAGUCCUGGUGCAUGGGGUGAGUGCAGAUGAUCCCCCGGAGGGAUUCUUGACAUGCUACGAAGCUUUCCUGACAUGUUGUCGCAUGUGGUUCCCGAUUCCUGAGGCCAUCGUCUACGCACUCGACCAUUUUGAGCUGUCGAUCAGUCAGAUAAACGUUGCGGCGUUGCAGAACUUUCUUGGUGUGUUGAUCCUGAGCUACGAGCUCGGAAUGGACCUCAGCCCCAACGACUUUGAAGGUCUAUGGUCGACACGAAUGACCUCGAUUGACUACUCAUAUCGUAUGGCUCCUAAGAGACAUAUGUCGAUAAUCCAGGGGCAUACUUCAAAUGCCAAGGGAUGGUUCGAGCGUUUUUUCUAUGUUCGAAUUGAUGGUGCAUCCGUCGAGGAGAACUGUCUCCCCUUGUUCCGUGGCAAAUGGAACUUUCAUCGUUGUACGAUGGUUGGAAAUUUGGUUCGUAUAGAUACUCGGAGGUAUGUAACGCAUUUUUUUUUUGCAGCAAACAGUAUCCUCCCCGCGAUCCCCAGGGACCUGUUUGCUAAGCUCGAUCUUCUCCGCAACGGUCCGUUCUUUUGGGAUUCCUUCACCCUAGACAGGAUCCGGAAUGCAGUGGCGCUCUACCGAUCGCGUGGCAUCUUCCGACCUUUACAUGCAUCGGAUAUGGAUGAGCCACACCCCGGCGCUUUUCCCUAUCAUAGGGAGAGUGUUAGGACUCGAAAGGACAAGAAAAUCGCUCUCGAAGACAGAAACUUUGUCUCUGAAGAUCUUCUGCUACCCGGAUGGAACCCGGGUUUCACCCCGGGUGAUGGGAGUGGAACCAGCGAGGCUCCCCUUCCAAAUGACUUCUUUACCAACCUUCCUCCCGGUUUUACUACUCCAGCGUCACUGGAUGAAGCGUCAAGGAGAGAAGCGGUCGCGGAAGGUUCUCGGUUGAUCAACGAGGGAAUGCGGGUCGUUAAUUCAACGCUUGACGAAAGUAACAGAGAGGCGCGUCUUUCGCACUUCAAGGCCGAAGUGAUCGAGAGGAAGUUCAUCCGUUUUCAGAACGAGGUUGCGGAAGGAGAGCGCAGACAGGCUGAGUCCCAUUCCCGAGCUCUCAUUCGUGCGAAGAGGAAAGGUAGGAGGGCGAUUGCUGCUGAGUUAGCGAGGAGAGCUACAUUGUUUGAUGCUGAGUUCAGGAGUUUCAAGGACGCUCAAGACUACGUGGGUGACUUCCGCGAAUGCCGCGGUACGGUUGGUACCCUUUGGAAGUCGCAGAACCCUUAUUUCUCUUUUCUCUUCGAGGUUGCUGAGAAGUCGGGCCUCAUGGAUGGGUGCGCCCAGGCCGAGUCGAUGGUUCCUCCAAUCGAGGGGAGGAUCCGAGAGCUUUGGGAACCCAUCGAGGUUUCGGAGGACACGACGGAAGCGGGAGGCGAUGCUGCGGACGAGGGAGGAAAAGUGGAUCAGCUUGCAGACUCAUUUGGAACCUCGAUUUCCGGGUAUCUUGACCUUGAUCUCUGA